AUUGUUUCGAAUACGCAACAUAAGAAACUAAAGAGUAAAGAAACCAAACAAGGCCUACCCAAAUUCAAUUGUAUGCUAUCAAAAUUCAAUUCAAACCACACCUGCAAAGAUUUUGUUAAUUAAUAAGCUUUUAGUUGUUGUUUGGAUUGUGUAAAUGAUGUUCACGUGAUAUUUAUGGAGAUCAAAAGUGAUCAAUUGGAGUGUUUAGAAUCUAGGGUUUCUGAUUUAUUCAUUACCAAUCAACCCACUUUCAUCUCUCCCCAGGAUUCUGGGGGACUUGGGGAAGAUGAGGAGGGAUCAUCCGACACUGAGUUAUCCCCGGAGUACCAACUUUCAGGGGUGGCAAAUGAUGAGCUGGGAUGUUCCAUGAGUCCAAAGGUAACUGCAAUUAAAGAAUGUAUUGAACAACCCGAGUACUCAGGGUUGAGGAGUGAUGAGGAAAGAUUUGAGGAACAGACAAUGGGUGAAGUUGAAAUUCGUACAACGCAGAUUAGUGUGAAAGAUAAUGAGAUUGCUGAUUCGAAGAGUUUGAAAAUUUCUGGAACUAAAGAUAGUAAUAAAAAUUCAUUUGAUCAAAGCGCAGUUGUGGAGAAUUGUUCUGGCAUUGGCCAAAAGGUUGCCGGUGCUCAAGAGUGUAAUGUGAAUAUACCUCAGUCUGUUCAUAACGAUAGUGAUGAUAUACAUGGGACAAGAAGUUCUAGCAACCUGGUCAUCCCAAAAGUAGAUAGUAGUAAAGAGUGUCUCAGUGAAACACGUCGGCCUGUGAUGAAAUAUGAAAAUGAGGAUAGUCGAUUUGCUGCUACGAAAUCGUCCGAAAAUGAAAUGUUUGAUGUGAAUAUACCUCAAGGUUUAGAUGAUAAGAAUAGUGAGGACAAGCGGGGUAAGUACUUCUACUAUGACCCACCACUCUUUGAAGAAACAGGGGUUUGGAUACCUGUAUCUGUGCCUCCAAUGUCAAAAACAGACCAUGAGGAAUGGACCAGAGGUUUUGGAUCUAAUGGGGGAACCUUCCCUGAAGAAGACAUGGGGUGGGGUGAUCUAUUUGCUGUAGACAAAGAGCUGACCAUGUGGGAUGUGGUUGUAGAAAUGCUACUUGCAGCUAAAGGAAAAGUGAAUGAAUUUGCGUCUGGUGAUAUUCCUAGCAUUUCAUUGAUGUCUGGUCACAUUGUUGAGCAAGCUUGGAAGGAGAUGGCGCAAACUCUUGCAGAGGUCAAUCAUGGUAAAAGCCAGAUGAUACUUCAAACUGAUCCACCUAAAUGGUUGCCUGAUAGUUCAGCUUCUUCUUGUAUGCUGUGUAGUGUGCGGUUUCACCCUAUCAUGUGCACCAGGCAUCACUGUCGUUUCUGUGGUGGAAUAUUUUGCAGUGAGUGUACCAAAGGAAGAAUGUUGUUGCCAGAAAAGUUUCGUGUUGGGGAUCCACAACGUGUUUGUGAUGUUUGCUAUGUGCGCCUCGAGUCUGUACAGCCAUACUUAAUGGAUCAAAUAAGUCGUGCUGCACAGUUGCCAACCCAUGAUCUGACAGACCUAAGCACUCUACGUUCUUGGCUGAAUUUCCCAUGGGGACAAUCUAUGGAAUAUGAGAUUUAUAAAGCUACAAACACGAUUCGUGGGUAUAAUCAAGUUGGUUCUCUAAGACCCGAGAGAUCAAUCCCAGAUGCUAUUUUAAGACAAGCAAAAGGCCUUGCGAUACUCACUGUCAUGAAAGUUGGCAUGAUGGUUACCUACAAUAUUGGAACGGGGCUGGUAAUUGCUCGUAGGGAGGAUGGAUCGUGGUCUCCGCCAUCUGCUAUUUCUUCUUUUGGUAUGGGGUGGGGUGCUCAGGCAGGAGGUGAAUUCACGGACUACAUAAUUGUCCUGAGAUCAAUAGAGGCUGUCAAGACUUUUAGUGGAGAUUUGCAUCUUUCAGUUGGGGCUGGUUUAAGUGCAGCUGUUGGUAUUGUAGGACGGACAGCUGAAGCGGAUGUAAGAGCUGGUUCUGGUGGCUAUGCUGCUUGUUACACAUACAGUUGCAGCAAAGGUGCAUAUGUUGGAUGCUCUCUUGAAGGGAGUGUAAUGACAACUCGGGUAAAAGAAAAUUCCCGAUUUUAUGGUAGCCAGUCGCUAACAGCAUCUGACAUUCUUCUUGGCUCAUUACCCAAGCCGCCUGCAGCUGCCACCAUGUACCGUGCACUGGCUGAUCUGUAUCAGAAGUUUGACAUCUGAUCAUGUAAGCUCUAGCUUAAAGUUAUCGAUGCUUAUCAUAAAUGGAGCUGGAACAGGGAAAAUAAACACUCACGCAUAUCCUAUUUGUGAAUCUGUGUAAAUACGAAGGUCGUCUAAUAUUUAUUGUAUGUAGUCCUCGAUUAGUGUACAGUAUAUAUCGUGGGGGAUGAAUGUAAGAUCAGGAUACACUAUAAAUUGUGAUCAGCAUUUUAUAGGGUAAGAUGUGAAUCAUGUGUCCAUAUUACUGCAACAAAUUUCAUAAUUUCUCGCAAAUUUACGAGCCUUUAUAGAUCUUUCUUCAA